UAAAAAUAAAAGAAAUUCGCCGCCUCCUCGGCUUCUUUGUCCCCAAACCCCAACACGCGAGCACGGACAAGGAAACCGCCCGCUCAAAAACGGCUCCUCAUCUCCCAUCACAGCACACUCUGAAUCCAAAUCCAAUCAGCAGCUCCAUCUCCAUACAAGCGGCGAUGAUCCAGCUGCUGUUCGCCGUGCUGGUGGCGGAGGCGUCCCUGACGGCGGCGCUGCUCUUCAAGACGCCGCUGCGGAAGCUCGCCGUGCUAGUGGUCGACCGGCUCAAGCGCGGCCGCCACGCGCCCGUCGUCGUCAAGACGGUCGCGGGCGUUGUCCUGGCCCUGCUCGCUUCGACGCUCUACAGCAUGUCUCAGAUCAGCGGCGGCGCGAGCGACUCAGACUCCGGCUCCGGCGGCGGGCCCACGCCCACCGACCAGGUGCUCUUCUCGCGUCACCUCCUGGAGGCGUGCCUCAUGGGGUACUCCUUAUUUCUUGCUCUAGUGAUUGACCGGCUCCACCAAUACAUCAGAGAUUUGCGUGUGUUCAAGAAGGACUUAGAGGCUGUACGUAAGCAUAAUAAAAUGUUGGAGGAAACAAAACAUGGAAAUUCAGAGGACGCAAAGAAGUACCAGGAAGAGAUUGCCAUUCUGAACAAGGAGAUGAAGAAACUGAAGCUACAAGUCCAAGAAAAGAUAGAAGAGGUCCAUGUUGCUGAGGACAAGGCACUUACUAUCCAAAAACAAUCUGAAGGCUUGCUGAUUGAAUAUGACCGCCUGCUGGAGGACAAUCAGCAUCUUCGGGAUCAGCUGAUGUCAAUUGACCUCAAGCUUUCCAGCUCUUCUUGAAGGAGUAUAUUCAGGCAUAAGAAUGAUGAGUCUAAUGCUGCUGCGACAAAUUAUCUGUUGCAGUUUGGAAGAAUCAAUGUUUACUCCGUUCAUGGGAUGGUGAAGAAAUUCUUUUGGCAGACCAUGAUACCACCCAAAGCGUACGGCAGCUACCUGCUUUCUCACUUGUCAGUCUUAGCAGUCUUAGCAUCUUUAAUUAACUAGCUGCUGUAUUAUAUUGUUGGCAAAACUAGUGCAAGCAUUAUAUGGUCUAGAACUUCGAAGUUUCUCUUAUGUGUUUCUUGUGAUGCCUAUUUUUUAUAUGUGCUGUAGUGAUUACUGUUUUGUGCAGCAUUUUGUGAUUAUAUUGCAGAUGGCAUUCACAUGUUGAAA